AUGUUCGCACUCAGGAGCUUGAGCAAGAAGCUCUUUGGCACAGAUACAAAGCUAGAGAUAUGUACCAUUGCAGCGGGCCAGCUCUAUCUCGUCAGACCCGGCGGUAUCAAGGGCUUUACAGAAUGCAUCUUUAAGGAUGCGCAAGCAACAAUCAGGCGCACCAACACGCCCUAUCACUACCAGCUCGUGAUUGAGCGCGCGUUUGAGGAGGGCGAGGAAGAUCUUGAAGAGGAUGGACUAGGCGACGACGACCGCGACCUCAAAUCAUACCUACUCGAUGAGAGUAUUCGAUUCUGUACGAGUGAUAAGGACGGCUGUACAAUAUUCCAAUGGCGCGACGUCGAUGGGGAUAUGGGCGACUCAUAUACGUUUGUCUGUGAUCCCUCAACCAAACCAGAAGAAGCGGCUACCUUUGAACUGGUCGCUGUGCAGUGUCUAUACGAGCGCAAGUACCGCAAAUCAUACGAGGAAGCGACUGAGGAAGAGUUGGAAGAAUUCCGCCUUGACUCCGUAGCCAGCCCAGUCACAUCACUGCCUACGUCGCCAGGAGAGACCAAACAGACAUUUCGGACGCUCGAGACCUCGCCGUCCAAGAACAAGCAGCUCGCCUCAACACCAGCUGCAGUGAGUGCACCUUCAAAUGCAACUGAGGAACUCGUAACUGUGCAAGCAGAGCUGCAUCUAUUUGAUGCUUCAGCUGCAGUCUUUGUCCUUCAGCAUGAACUCGUCACGGCAACAGUCUCUGAAACUGGCAAGUGGGAGUAUUGGCUCAGUAUUCGGGAUGCACUCGAAGCGGAAGGCAAGCUCUGGCUCGGUCAACCCAUGGAGGCCGAAAUGAAUCCUGUCUUCAACUACGAGCAGCUUUGCUUCAUUUGGAAUUACUACGACGAUGACUCCAAUGCCUUUUCGUGGCUGCUCAAAUUUAAAGAUGCCAAGGAGCUCGAGAAAUUUCAGGAGGGAGUGAUGCGUGCACUAUGGGAGCAUCUCAAUGAACUCCGAUGGGGAAAGCAAAAAGAUGACGAACGGGCUUACUUGAUGUCUCUGCAAGAGGAAGAUGAGGAGAUGGAGCAGUUCGAGGAAGAAGAGGAAGCUGGGGAGUCCGAGGACGAGCAAGACGCGCCUGUACCGGCAUAUUAUGACGAAGAUGAGGAAGAAGAUGAAGUUCCCGAAAUGACGGGACAAGGGGAAAAUUCACAACUGGCUGUCGGAUACAAGCAUGAUCGCUCGUUCGUUGUUCGCGGCGACAAGAUUGGCGUCUUUCGGCAUACUGAUGACAAUAAGCUUGAGUUUGCGACCAGCAUCAACAAGGUCCAAAAGCUCAAGGGUGCCAAGUUCAAUCCUAGCAAGGUGAUGCUGCACAAUGAAGACACCAACAUGAUCUUGCAAGACCCGAAUGACUCUCAGCACCUGUUCAAGAUGGAUCUCGAGUACGGCAAGGUUGUCGAGGAGUGGAAAGUACAUGAUGACGUUCCUCUACACACAUUUACUGCUGCAUUCAAAUACGCCGGCAUGACGAGUGAACAGACUCUUGUUGGUCUUUCAAAGACUGGCCUGUACCGAAUUGAUCCGCGUCUCGCCGGCACAAAGCUUGUUGACUCUGAAUACAAGCAGUACAAGUCGGCCAACGACUUUUCUGCAGCUGCAACCACUGAAGCUGGCCACAUUGCGGUCGCUUCAGCCAAAGGUGAUAUUCGCUUGUACGACAGACUCGGCAUCAAUGCGAAGACUGCUUUGCCACCCAUGUCUGCGCCAAUCAUUGGCAUGGAUGUCUCUGCUGAUGGGAAAUGGGUCUUGGCAACGACCAAGACGUACAUUCUGCUGAUUGACACGACGAUUCAAGAAGGAAAGAAUGCCGGCAGCUCGGGCUUCACAAAGUCCUUUGGUAAGGAUAGCAAGCCUCGGCCGCGCAUCUUGCAACUUGAGCCUGAGCACGUUGCCAUGAUGCAAGGCAAGCUUUCAUUUACGCCUGCCAAAUUCAACGCUGGUGUUGAUACAAAGGAAACAUCCAUCGUCACUUCCACAGGUCCCUUUGUCAUUUCAUGGACACUCAACCAGGUCGUCAACAAGAGUCAAGCGCACAAGUACCGCAUUCGCAAAUAUGCCGAAGAAGUCAAGGCCGACAACUUCAAAUUUGGCAGUGACAAGAAUGUCAUUGUUGCGCUGCCCAAUGAUGUGAGCAUGGUUAGCCGGCGAUCAUUGAAGAACCCAACAAGGGAAUCAUUAAGUACACCAGUACGCCAGCUCAGAUCACGUUCCAGUAUUGUCAAUUCUCCGUACUGA